AUGGAUAACCAUUCACUACCGUCUUUACCACCUCCGCCAGUACCUCCACUCAAACAGAAGGUUUCUUUGACGGUGAAUACUGAAGUGCAGAAUUUCCAGGAACCCCAAAAUGUUCUUUGUGUUCCGAAAGCCAAUUCCAAUAUAUCACCACAAGUCUCCUCUAAGUCAGUACAAUCUUCAGUGUCUUUGUCUCCAUUACCAGCGGAUGGCUCAACCAAAGCACCAACAACGAAGAAGAAGAAUGUUAAGCUGUCAUCCUCUAAAAGUGGUUUAAUGAACGGCUCCCCGUUGUAUGGCGAAGUAAGUGGCAAGAUGAACCUUUUAUUCCAAUCAGCUCAUGACUCACACGACAGUGCAUUUAAUUCUGGCUCUAGUAGUUCUCAGCAUCGAUUUUCUACAUACUCUUACACGUCUAAUAAGGGACUAAUUAAUUCUCAGGAUUUGGGUCAACUCAACGUGUCGCCCAAUUACCAUGUUUAUUCUCAAGACGACGACAAGGAAGAAGAGGAAGAAGAAGAAGAUGGCAACGUGGAAGAGGGAAUGUUUGAUGACUUUGCAUUUGAGAACAUGGUUGCAAGUCGAUAUUCUCCAAUUAAGCCAUUGAGCAAUAACAGAAUAGUCUCAGACCCUACGAAUAAAACCUCAGAAAAAUCCCCCAUGAAUGAAUUCGGAAUUGAUGAAUUUGGGGUGAAGUUAGAAGGUAUGUCAAGGUCCUUGCCGAUUGGGCAAAAACCUACAGAAAAUAGAUCCAUGGAGAAAAUACCCCCAAUGACCAAUAUAUUGUCGAAAAAGUUAAAUAGAAAUUCCGAUGUUCCACUACCAUUAUCACUUCCUGAAAUUAAUGAAAAACUUGAAAACAUGGAUGCUAAUACGCAACAGAAAAGUAGCCCUGUUCCAUUGAGAUCUACCCAAUCCGUCAAACACGCAUCUUCUAACCGAAGUCGAAGUGGGAGCAUGAAUUCCAGGUCGAGUACCAACAGUGCAAUUAUACCAAAGACUAAUGCAACAACUAAUAUGAGCAAGUCACAUAAAAAGACAUCAUCAAAAAGUUCUUUGCACGAUUUAGCUACAACUCCUAAAUCUUUCUUUAAAUUUUUUGGCAGCAAGAAACACAGUGAUACAUCUUUGAAGAGCUCCUCUUCAUCCAAAAAGAGACAUUCAUACUCUUUGUCUCAAAGCUCAGACUCUUCCAAUCAAAAUAUAUCCCCGGUUUUUUCCAAGCCAAGAAAUUCACUCGAACCAUAUCCCUUGGCAAACACAAACCGCUUCCUCCAGCCCAAAAAAUAUUCAUCAGUCCACGAACAUUCUGAUACUUUUACAGUUGAUUCUCUAAAUAAAUCGAGUAGAACUCUAUCACCAUCCGACCCAAAUACACCAGUCAGUUCGGAGUUCAGAAUAAUCAGCCCUGGCAUAGCACCCCUGAAGAGCAAACCACUCAGUAAUAGCACAAGUUGCGAAAUUGAAUCUCGAUCAGGUAGCAUUCAUAGUGCCAAAAGUGCAUUAAGCUUGAAUAUAAGCGCAACAAAGCCUGGCCAUUCAUCAUCAUCAUCUUCAGGGUUUUCACAUAAACAUUCUAAAUCAAUUGAUUCGAAUAAUUCUGGAUCUAAUGUAAAUACCCUUGUGCCCAAAAAGAGUUCAAUCGCAUUGAAUUCGCCUGCAAAUAACACGCUAUCCUCUGCCAGAAGCUCAGCCUCAUUAUCAACUACCUAUGUUCCAGCUACAAAUUUGGCUGCCACUUCAUCCUCGCGUAAAGUAAUAUCGUUAGUAAAACUGGGCUCCAAGUCAAUAAAGUAUCAACGUGACAAAAGUUCGGUUCCUUUUUCAAAAAGAAAUUCAUCAUUCAACCCACUAGAUGAUUGGGAUGGGCACAGUGGAAGUUUCGAAAAAAUAGGCCCGGUCGGUAAAAAACCUAAUCCACCAGGUCAAACUAUAUCUGUUACAACAACUUCGAAUUUACAUUGUCAAGAUGCGGAAAAACGCAAAUCCAGUACUUCGAUAACGGGACUGAAAACACCAUCUGAUAUAAAGUCACAAAAGUCUCCAUCUUUUCCUUAUUCUCCUGUCAAUGAGUACAAUUUCAAGAGUGAUUUUGAGGAUAGACCUUCAUUAAGACCAUUAAGCCAGACUAGUUUACCAAAAUCUUUGAAUACAGAAAAGAUCAACGUUAACAAGCAAUUUUUGCCUAAAACGAACAAAAGCUCGGUUAAAAUAUUGAUAACAGCUAACUUUAUAGACUAUAAAUUCGUUGACAUCACAAGUGUUUCGACUUUAUCAAAAUUCAUGAAUCUAGUAGCCACAAAAUUGAAAAUUAAGGGCGAACCCCAUUUUUACAUUACAGAAAUUGGCUCAUCCAAAGAUAAAUUAGGUAAAAAGCUGGAUAGUAAGGUAUUGCAGACCAUUUGGGAUAGCUUGCAGAGUACACCAGAAAACAUAACGUUAAUAUUUUAUGUUACACAAGAUGAGAAACUGAAGGAUAUAGCUACACCUACCCCAAAAUCCUCAACUUCACAUCAUGAUAAAGUGGAAGAAACAUCAAUUUAUACCAAUUCAUCUUACACAAACUCAAUAAACUCAGACUCAAGCUAUGACAGGUAUUUACCCACACCCCAACAAAUGAUACUUAAAAAAGAUUCACCCGCUGAUUAUUGGUCGGUUAAAGACAAUGGAAUCGACAGAAAGCCGUCUUUAAACAGAGCACAUUCGAUUACACAUUCUUCGUUAUCAGCAGAAGGAACCACGGUAAUAUCAACUCCCAGUUUAUCGAGCAAAACUAGUAAGACUAGCAUAGGGUUUGUUAACCAGUCUUCUUUGACUUCUAAUGCUACAAGAUCUACAACAAAGUCUGGAACAAGUAAUACAUCAUCUACAGUGAGCGUAGAAUCAUCGGCGAAUGGCUCUUUUAAAGUGAUACAACCUCAAAAACCUCAUGUUGAUUUUGAUAAUAAGCGACCAUCUCCUUUUAAUCCUACCAGAAAUUUGGUAGCACAGAGACAACCUCCACCCCCACCUGCAAGCCCAACACAGUUACCAAAAGUUCAUGCCACGGAAAAACCAUUUUCUAUAAGCUCUACAAUAAGAAGCCAGAGGAAAAGAAAACCACUUUCAAACAGUAUUAAGUCACUACAAAGAACGAAUACCCAAGGAAGCAUAUUCAGCACAAAGAGUUCCAGUAGUGGCGUAAGUAUUGAUCCUUUUGCAGAGAAUAGAAUUACAUUUGCAAAUUUUGAAUCAGAUGGCUCUUCCGUGGAAAACAACUCUGAUGGUACGAGAGCAGAAGUAGAAAAAAAACUCAGAAAAAGACCAGCAGACGAUGAAGAAAAUAAUAAAAGUGAAAGUGAAAAUGAAUCUGAUAGCAGCAGUGGGAGUGAUGACGAUGAAUUCGGGUUGUUUUCUAAAAAACCCAAAUCUGUGAACUCUUUAAGCAAUAAUGCGCUGAAUGAGAGUGGAAAAGAAGAAGGAAAAGAAGAAGGCGACCACGGUGAUAAAGGAAAUGUUGAUGAAACUUCUAAUUUAUGUCAGAAGGCUCCUAAAACCACAAAUAAAAGAACUCUAGUCAUGCAGGAACCUCCUACUGAAAAUCCACAUGCCGGAUUUGCUAAAGCUCUUGGCAAUGUUAUUGAACAGGAAGCAAGCGGGUUACAUAGGUUUCUGGAUUCUUCAAAAUUGAAGCAAAGAGCGGCAAAUGCUGGGAAUCCUAUAGAAAGAUCAGUCAGUGAUUCUUCAAUACCAGAGUCUGCGUCGUCCUCAUCGUUGACAAGUUCCUUAGAUUUUAGACCACCCCCAGAAGUUUUAUACGAUAAUUUAGAGGUGUUUUUCCCGAAGGCGGAUUUAGACAGUUUGAUUAUUGAUGAACCUCCUACGAAUGGCUCUGGAAUAGGCCGGAUGAAAAGUAUCAGAAUUGUUGCUCAAGAAGCGAGCAGAAGAAACUCCGUGAUAGCUCCGCUUAAAAAGUCUCCUGCUAGUAAAAGGUUGCGUAAGGCACCUAGUAAUUUGAACAAUAGUAUGAAGUACAACACCAAUUCUGGAAAUCUACUGAGAAGGACUAGCACGAAAAUGUGGGGUCAAAAGGUUGUUGAAGUUAAACCAGAUUCAAUAAAUAAGAAAUUAGUUCCAAAGCGUGGCAAAAAUGGCGAGUUUCUAGAGUUCGCAUGGAUAAAAGGUGAAAUGAUUGGAAUUGGUAAAUUUGGAAAGGUUUUUGUUGCUCUUAAUGUUACUACCGGCGAAUUGAUAGCUGUUAAGCAAAUGACAAUCAAUUCCAAGUUUUUGAAUCGAAAAGAGACAAACGAUUUGGUUGAUACUUUCAAAUCAGAAGUUGAUUCAUUGAAGGACUUAGAUCAUAUCAAUAUUGUUCAGUACUUAGGCUUUGAAAUUAAGGAUCCAACUUAUAGUAUAUUUCUUGAAUAUGUUUCUGGUGGAUCAAUUGGCCAUUUGCUGAGGAAAUAUGGACGUUUUGAAGAAACUGUUGUUAAAUUUUUGACCGAGCAAGCCUUAGAGGGUUUAAAUUAUAUCCAUAGUAAAAAUAUUUUACACCGGGAUUUGAAAGCAGACAAUUUAUUAUUGGAACCCGAUGGUACCCUAAAAAUUAGCGAUUUUGGUAUUUCAAGAAAGUCCAAGGACAUUUAUACUUCCCAGUCCAAACUGAAUUUCCAAGGAACCAUUUUUUGGAUGGCGCCUGAAAUAAUUGAUGAUAACAAAGGUGUAGGAUAUAAUGCCAAGGUUGAUAUUUGGGCAUUAGGAUGUGUGGUCAUCGAAAUGUUUACGGGUGAGAGGCCAUGGAGCAAAUAUGAAGGAGAAGGCGUUCUUUACAAAAUAGGAAAAGAGAAAUUGCCCCCACCAAUCAAAAAGGAAAUUAGGAGUGAAAUGUCUUUGAUGAGUAAGACGUUUUUGAGACGCUGUUUUGAGGUUGACGCAUCGAGAAGACCCACUGCACAAAUGCUUCUUGAAGAUCCAUUUUGUAUCGUUAGUCCAGAUUUUGAAUUUGCAGUCACAAAUUUAGGCAAAAGAAUAUUUGCAGUAGAAGAACAAGAGAAAGGAACACUUAACAAAAGGAUGCAAAGCAUGGCCAGAAAGCUGUAA